CUGGCUUUGAAAAGGACGAAGCAAUCGAAGGGUAAGGAAAAUGACGCGUCCUGCGAUUUUCCUCGUUGUCUGCUCAAUAACUCUGCUUAAUUCCGUCAAUGGCUACAAGGAGAUCCAUGGAAUGAAUGGCAAGCUGUUUCCGAAGGCGGCGACGUUUAAUUUUCCCGAAUAUGCUUACAAGGAGACCAGCAAAAAUGAAAUCACUUACCACGAACUGGAGGUGACCUGUGACCAGCACGCCCAGUGCAUUGGCCUUAGUCCGGUGGGCGUGGCCAAGAUCAACUGCAUCCGACAGUGCAUUUCGCCAUCGUGCUACCAGGACAUCUAUGCCUUCAACGAGCUGGAGGAGGGCGAAAUCGACGCCAGGCUGAACUCCUUUAAGGGAUGCGUUAUCCAACGCAUGUAGCAGCGACCGCAGUUGUUCAAGGAGUGCUUCAUCUUCAAGUGGCUGGAGCUCACUGGCAUCGCCUACUAAAUGGACCCAAUGCCGAUCCGUUUCGAGCACUUGCAGUUGAUGGAGCUAUUGGCUGUUGACUGCGAAGAUAACACACAGGAGCCUCUUUCUACCAAAUGCCCAUUUGGAUGUGAGAGGCUUCGGCGGCAUCAUCUGUGCAAUGAAAUGAACUCUUACAUCGCAUCUGCGAUCGGUUGACUGCCCCUUGACUUAAGGCCAAAUUUAGAAAUAAACUUUUUCACUAAUAU